ACAGAUAAUUUAAGUCAGGAAAAUCCAGCGUUGUGUAAAAGCUGCUCAGCUGCCUUAUCAGACCUCAACAGUAUCUCAGAAAGCAAGACAUGGUCCUGUGUUUUUUGUAAUGUUGAAAACUCAAUUACUAACUCAGAAAAAUAUAUGAACAUGGGUGAAGAGCAGCUUCACAUCUGGGAUCCAGAAAUGCCAAUUGGGUAUAACCUAGCUGAAGACUCUAUCUUGAUAUUCUGCAUUGACAUCUCAGGGAGCAUGAGUGUGACCACAGAGAUUCCAAAUGAAACUGGCUACAACUAUGGUACGUCGGCUUGCUAUACUACAAGGAUGGAGGCUGUGAAGACUGGGUUGCUCGAAUCCUUGUACAAUCUUUAUAGACAUUGUCCUAAGAGAAGAGUGGCCCUUAUUACAUUUAGUGACAAAAUAAAAAUAUAUGGAGAUGGGACAUUAGAACCGAAAGUCCUAGAAGACUCAGAGUUGCUGGAUCCAGAUUAUCUAACAGUACAAGGGAAAUGCCAGCCCAUGCCAUGCAAACUAGAGGAGACUCUAUGUGCACUGGAGUCCAGGAUUGAACGGCUGACUGAGAACGGAGCAACAGCACUGGGGCCGGCAGCGCUGGUUGCCAUAGCAAUGGCAUCUCAGAAACCUGGAUCAAAGGUGAUUAUCUGCACAGAUGGAAGAGCUAACACUGACCUGGGUAAUCUAGAGGAUAUUACAGAGGAAUCUGCAUACAAGUCAUCCAAACUAUAUUACAGCAAUUUGGCAGAUCUGGCUUUAGAGCACAGUGUUGUAGUCUCUGUACUGACUUUGGAGGGCACUGACUGCAGAUUGGCUGAUCUGGGGCAGCUUGCUGACAGAACAGGAGGGAAGGUAAACAUUGUGCACCCAUUACACUUGGCCAAUGAAUUCCAAUCUAUUUUGGAAGAAGAAAUUACUGCUACUAAUGUCAAAGUGAAGGUGUAUCUACCCAACACAAUGUACUUUCUGUACAAAGAUCAUACAGAGCCAUUGCUUGAACAAACUAUUGGCGUCACCACUUCCGACACAGUUAUGACUCUAGAGUUUGGCAUCCAGUCAUCCAAGGUUCAGGAGGUGCUACGCUAUUCCCAGCUUCCCAUACAAGUGCAGUUAACCUUCUCACUUAUGGAUGGAAGGAAAGGGCACCGCAUUAUAAGCCAGAGGAGGCCUGUGACCAAUGACAGCUCUGCUGCACUGGAGUCUAUUAGUGUGAGUGUCCUUCAGAUCCACAGUGCUCAGUUGAGUGCUCAACUUGUUAUGGAAGGACACGUGGAAGAGGCCACUAAGGUGGCACUAGCAUUGAAAGACCUCAUUGAUGAAGUUUUGAAACAGCAGGCGGACAAUGGCAACAGUCAGAUAGUCUAUGGAGAAUGGGAAAAUGCUAUGUCCCCAAUCUAUGAAGAUCUCAGUAUGUAUAUGCAGAAAACUGAUGAAGAAAAGAACACAAGGAACAAUGUAAUAAAGUCAUUGACAGAUGAGAUGGCAUCCAUGAUGUUUCAUCUGAAGAAAGCCAGACAGAAGGUACUGAACAAGCUGAAACACACAGAGUAAAGCAUAGAAGAGGGGAUGCUGAUUACAUCUUAUUGCAAAGAGCAGAACUAUUUAAAAGGGAGUGACCUGUGUUAGGAACGUCUAUAUUUAGUGGGGACCACCUGGCAUGAAAUCUAAACUGCUAGAUUGGUGUCUAUAUUUUUCCUGAAUUGUUAACAUGUUUACAUCUUUAUGUCAUUUUGUAAAGUAUAUUCAAAUAAACUAUACACAUUUAUUAACACCUAAAUUAAAAAUAAAUGAGCUGUUUGUCAGCAGGUAGAACAGUAUUACACUA